AUGGUAAACUCAACAACACUUGCCCAUCUUAACACAAAUAUCGAUCACCUCACUACAGUACUCUCUUCAUAUGCUGGAAGAGAUAAAGCAAUCAGAUCUUUAGCAUUCUAUCUUCAACUCAAAAGUACCACUUCACCAGAUAAUGCCAAAGAAAUUCUGGGCCUAGCGAAACAGCUUAGUGCCGCCCGUCUAGUAUCCAGACAGUUUAACCAUCCAGGAAUGUUAAAGUCUUGUAGACAAAUUAUGCAAGCUUUUCAAACUGGAAGAAUCGGAGAUCCUUUGGAAUUCCUCACAGGAGCAGCUGUUACAGGAAUCUACACAGUCUACGGAUUCGUUGAGCUUCUCGCCUGGCUUAGUGACGCUAAGAUCCUUGCAUUCAACUCAGCGAGGCUCUACAAAUGGUGUCUUUACCUUUGGUUAUCAGAACUUAUCAAUGGAAUUGUUCGACAGAUGAGAGUGAUUUAUCGGAAAGGAAUCGAAAAAUCGCAGGAGGAUAUUUUGACGCUUGUCGGAUUAUCAUCAGACUUUAUCAGUGGUGUUAAUAGCCUUCCACACAAGAUUUUAUGGGCUGGAAAGUUGUCGAUGCGGCAGAGUGCCUCGUUUUCAUUGUUGGCUUCGAUUAUUGGAUUUUAUAAAUUAUGGUGA